CAAAAUUACAGUUAAGCCGAUCAAAGCUUUCUGUUUAUCUGCCUAAGUUUAUAUCUACUUUUGUAUUUCUAUCUGUAAAGUAGUAGUAACUUGUGAGCCUUUAGGAAAGCAUGGAUGGUGACUCAGAACCACACAGUCAGUCUCAGCAGACCCCUUGAAAGGGAGGUGUUGAGCCUACACAGGGAUGUCUUUGUGGACAUAAUGCAUUUAAAAAGCUGCAAGACCACAGAGCCCCUUCUUGCACUGCAUGGCAGAAGCACAGAAAAAAAUGCAAUAGCAGAAAGAAGCACAUAAUUGCAAAAGUAUCAAGUUUGAAAGGAUGGUAUUAAUAAAGCUUGGUUCUCACUAAGUGGUAUUUCUUCAUACAUGAACUUCCUUAGAUUCACAGGAUGCCAUUUAAAUACAUCUUUCAAAAUAGUUUUUCCAGAGUCCAAAUGUGGGCUGCACCUGAGCUCAGCCUUAGGAAAAAGUCACUCUUUGCCAACGAGUAAGAGGCUUGGGAGUGAAGCUGGUGUUCUGCUCAGUGUUCAACCAGGGGUGCAUUGGAUUAGCAAAACAUCCUUGUACUAGGUGGAACAGAGCAAGAAGGCUGUUGACAGAAAAUCACCGUAGGGCAUAAUUAGAAAUGGGAGAGGUCGUCUACAUUUGACUAGAUUUUUUACUGCCUAACGCCUCACUCUGGUGUUUACAGAGUCUGGAAACUCCUUUUAUGACAGGCUUUCCUUCUGACUGGUCCCUGGAAGGGAGGCUGACUCCAUCAUGUCAGAAAAGAGCAGGAAAAUAUAUUUUACAAGUUAUUAAAUAAGUAAGCACCCCUGUGGAGGCAUCUGUUUUUCUGAGUGUAGUGUUACUUACGCGGGGUAGGGCUAAGGCUCUCCUGGCUUGCUUUACGCUGGGUUGCAGAAACAAGGCUUUUGCACUUCACUUUGUGGAUCUGCUCUUGCAGUUUCAUUGAACAAAGCCCCUGCAAGAUCCCUGGCUUAUGAAAUAUUUCCUCUCUGUCGGGUCCCAGACAAGGGAUGGCAUCUGCAGAGCCAGAAAAGGAAGUCCUUGCCUUAUAGAGAGCACUCUCGGUGUGACACAAUGGCUGAUAUAAAGUGUCGGGGGAGCUGAGCUGAAGGCAAAGGAACAAAGGAAGAUCAGGAUUUGGUGGUGUCUGUCUCAGACAAAAGGAAAGUGGAAAACGUCUCAGGGAUGGAUAAAUUUAAGGCUGCGUUUGUGCUGGCUGGGGUAGGGGAUGCUCUUGGUUAUCGCAAUUUUUCCCGAGAAAACAAUGCUUUAGGUGCAAAAAUCCAGCAGGAGCUGAAGGAAAUUGGAGGGCUUGAGAACCUGGUGCUCUCUCCUGACAAGUGGCCAGUAAGUGACAACACGCUCAUGCACAUGGCUACAGCAGAGGCUGUCAUCACAGAUUACUGGUGUUUAGAGGACCUGUACCGGGAGCUGGUAAAACGCUACGUGGACGCUAUCGACAAGCUCCCGGGGAGGCGGCCAGACCCCGCUACCAUCGAAGGCUGCAGGGAAUUAAAACCAGACAACUACCUUCUUGCUUGGCACACACCAUUCAAUGAAAAGGGUUCUGGAUUUGGAGCAUCCACAAAAGCCAUGUGUUUAGGGAUGCGAUACUGGAAGCCGGAAAGGCUGGAGUCGCUGAUUGAAGUGAGCAUUGAAUGCGGACGAAUGACUCAUAACCACCCUACAGGCUUUCUAGGGUCCCUAUGCACAGCUCUCUUUGUGGCAUAUGCAAUACAAGGGAAACCCCUUGCGCAGUGGGGAAGAGAGAUGAUGAAGGUUGUGCCGAUGGCUGAAGAAUACUGCAAGAAGACCAUUCGCCACAUGGCAGAAUAUCAGGAGCACUGGUUUUAUUUUGAAGCCAAGUGGCAGUUUUAUUUGGAGGAGAGAGAAAUCAAUGAGGAAAAUCAGAAUAAACCUGUCUUUCCAGACAACUACGACGCAGAGGAGAGAGAAAAGACGUACAGGAGAUGGAGCUCCGAAGGCCGGGGGGGCAGACGAGGCCACGAUGCCCCCAUGAUUGCUUAUGAUGCCUUGCUGGGCUGCGGCGGGGACUGGACGGAGCUCUGCAACCGCUCCAUGUUCCACGGAGGAGAAAGUGCAGCGACUGGGUCCAUUGCCGGCUGCCUCUACGGCUUGGUUUAUGGCCUGAGCAAGGUCCCCAGAGGCUUGUACCAGGACCUGGAACAAAGGGAGAGGCUCGAGUACUUGGGCGAGAAUCUUUACCGGCUAUCCAUGGAGGAAAACACAAAAAGCACACGCUUUUGUGGAGAUAAUAAGGUGCUGGUAGACCCUUUGGUGCUGAAGAAGAAGCUCAAUAGGAUGGCAACAGAGCAAGGGGCCUUUGCUGUUCUCAGCAGCCUGCUGCUGUACGUCACCGAGCUCGCAGCUGGCGACCCACAGCUCAGCAGCAAGAGGACAAAAUGGGCGGAAGGUAAAGAAAACAAGGUGAGUUGUAACAAGCCAUGUCCAGAUCCAAACAGGGGACAGCAUCCCACCCGGUUUCAGCUCUUGCGGUCCAGGUUUCUAAACAACAAUCGCGAGCCAUACACCAAGAAAAGAAGAGAAGUCGGCAAACUGGUCAUUAAGGAGAAGCUGUGGGUGAGCAGGGCUGGUAACAAGCUGGACAGAAGCAGAGACAGGAAAGGAGAUGGAAAAGCAGUGGAGGAGGAUGCAGACACGGUGCCCAGCGAGAGGGCCAGGUGGAGUGGGAAAAACACGGUGAAGAGCAUCCUGAAGAAAUUUUUAGCUGCCGAAGAAAAAGAAGCCAAGGAGAAGUCUGCCAUCUGGAAGAAGAAAGAGGCAAAGAGUGGUUUGCCCAAAAUAGUCAACAGGAGUUCGGUCCUGUCCAUACUGAAGGAGCAGUUUGAACGAAACGCUCUCUGCUCAGCUGCAGAGGUGAAAGCGCCGGUCUUGCGUAAAGCUGAGAAAAAGACAAAAAUCUUCCCAAAGAGAAAAACUAUUCGUAAGCCAGAGGUCAGAGUGCUGCGCACGGCAGCGAUGACAACCACAGGCAUAAACAGCCCAGAGUCCCAAUAUUUAGUGUGCUCCACAGUCCCGGUGCCCAAACUCAGCAUUGCUACCGAAAUUAACCAUCCUUGGAGCUGGUCAAAAAAUAAUGCUGCAAAGCAGCCUUUCAGUCAUGACACACCACUGAAGGAAAAGGGGGGAUCCAACAAAGAACCUGGUAAGAACAAAACACUGGCAAAUGCAGCACAGGACAGGGAGGACAAGGAAGAGUUACUGGUGGCACCUGAGGCCAUAUCUGAUGUAAAGGACCGUGCUGAAGCUAAAGUAGAUUCCACAAAGCAAGCACCCAACUUUAAUCCUAAUCUAGACAGCUCUUCUUCUACCUGUAAAAACAAAGCUCCUGCAGACAGCAUUCUUCCCUUGUCUGAUCAUAGUCUAGACUGCAACAGGCAUAACAUGACAGCUGGGCCUGAUACAUCUUCACUGUUGUGGAUUACCAAUGCUGGGCAACAUGUUAAGGAAGACAACCCACCUUCUAACUUGCCUUACUCUAGCACAGCUGAAGGAGCCCAUGAGCGAAGUCCUCAGGAUACUGAAACAGGUGAGAUUCCUGAAAUAACUAUGUAUGUAUACAGUUCAGAGGAAGCUGACACAGAGCUCACAGAGCCAGAAAAAGAUAUUUUGUUUGCAGGCCAAAAAUUUUUUCCAGAGCAGAAAGCACUGGAAAACACCCUGCCAUUUCAUUCUCCAGGAGUUCAAGCAGCUUGUGAAGUUGAGCCUCUAAUGGAAGAUCGACAGCUAACUGCCCUAAUGCCAGCUUCUGGCAAAAGGCCACCAAUAGUCCAAAAAAAGAUACCAGGUUUAAGAGGCAGAUGUUCUGAGGAAGCCAAAGAAGGAGCGAAAUAUCACAGUGAAGACAAAAUAUCCUCUACUUCUGGCAAAAAAGAUAGCGAUGUCCCAACUAAAAAGGAAGAAGAAAAUAAAACACCCAACAGCCAAAUGCAAAAUGAAUCCAAAACCAAGCAGCCACAGCCUCCUCAAAUGCUCAGCCCACAAAAUAAUUUUGUUAAUUCCAAUGCAGACAUAGCACAUCCAGAUGCAAAUCAGACCAAAUCCACUCUCUCCUCAAAUGAGAGCCAGGAGCAGAAGCCUGGUGCUGCAGAAGAAGAGCACAUCUCUUCUCAUUUGGAAAAGACACAAUGCCCUCUGCCAGGUGACUUUGUGAAGCAGAGUUCCUAUGUAGCAGAAGAUUAUUUUGGGAAGGACAAAUUAAGUUCAUCAAAUGAAACAAUGAAUCAUGCAAACAAUCGGGCCCUGCACAGGAGUACCUUGACAGACCUGGAGACCUGUCACAAACCAUUCAAAUCUUUCAUUCAGCGUGAAGAGGCCACUGCAGAUGAGAUGCCCUGGCCUGACUCUGAGGUAGGGCAGUCACCCUCCUCAGCCCCUCUGCCAACACAAAUGAGUGGGAUUGCAGGACAAAGAAUCCAUCACACUCUUGGAAAUACCCCAGCCCUUCCACCUAUUGAUCUGGUGAGACAGGGAGCUAGUGAUCUGGGGGAUGAGCAUGGCUCUGAGAAGCAUCCACUACCCUCUUCAGAUGAGUUGACAAACUGUGGGAAUGAUACAAUGGUGGAGAAGGAAACUACGUGUGAUUUGAAGAACCAAGUGCUGUCCCCAAAUCAUGCAACUGAAAAUGAAACCUCUGCAGCUGAAGAGACAAAUACAUGUCAGGGAUUUGAGAACUGUCUUUCACUUUCAACCAAGAAGCCAGGAAAACAUGAAAAUAAAACCGCGCUAGCAAGAAAGCCCCUAUUACUUUUGAAGAAGAACCGAACACCAACUUCAGAUGACACCAUGAAGCAAGGAAGUGAUAUGCUGGAAAAGAACCUGUUUCCUUUAUCAACUGAAUUGGUCUCAGACCAGAAGAAGCAUGCAAAAGGUAGAAAUAAGGUGUCCAUACAUACAAAGGAUAAGCUCAUGUCAUCAGAUGACAAUGGGAAGCGUGAGAGUGAUAGGAUAGAGACAGAUGAGAGAGAGGAGAGAAAUGUCUUGCAUAAAUCUGAGGAGGAACAACUAUUCACACCAAGGGAUACAGUGUAUCAUGGUAAUAACUCCUCAAAUGAGAAGAAUGCUCAUAGGCCUCAGACAUCCCAGUUACCUUCAUCAGAGCGUGAUACUAACAGUGAAGGACUGAAAAAUACUGGGCAGAGUUUGAAGCAUCUAACACCUUCAAGAGAUUCUGUGAAACAUGGCCAUGAUACGACAGUAGAUGAAGAUAUCUGCUGCAAUAAUGGGAAACACCACUUGUCCUCAUCAAAUGAACCAAUGAAACAUGCAAAUGACAUUGCAGGGGAAAAAAAAAUCAAGUCAAACUUCAAGAAUUAUUCUAUGCCACCAAAAAAUACAUCAAAGCAGGACAAUAAUGAGGAGGAGAAUACCCCUCGUAAUUUGAAAAAUGAACCAGUGCAACAUAAAAAGAGUCAUGAAGGAGGGAAGAAUACUUUGUGUGAUCCUAAAAAUCAAAUUCCAUUAUCAAAUCAAUCUGUGAAGCAAGACAAGAAAUUCUCUCCUCUAGAGACACAGAAACAGACGUCUCCUCUAGAGACACAGAAGUCACCAGGUGACUUUGUAAAGCCUGAAACUAAGCCGGUUGAAAAAAAGACUAAACAUACCUCUGAGAAGCUCCAGUCACCUUCAAACAAAGUGCUGAAGCCUCAAAAAAGAAGUUCUUCAGGAGAGAGGAAGCAAAAGACACCAGCAGCAGAGGAUAUCAAGCCACCUGAAACAAAGGCAGUAAAAGAGGAUAAUGAGCACCAGCAUUCUGGGAAGUACCAGCUACCUCCUUCAAGAAAAUCAGCAAAGCCUGAGGAAAACAAUCCAAGGGGAGACAAGCAGCAAACGAGAUUUGAAGAUUUUACCAUGCCUGAUGCGAAUGCUGCAAAAGAGAAGGACAAAUUUCCAAGUUCCAGGAAGUACCGAUCAGUAUCGUCAGAAACAUUGGUUAAGCCUCAAGAAAAUGACACUCCAGAGCAAAAGCAACAAACAUCAGCUUCUGCAGGUUUUAAGAAGCUUGGUACUAAUACUGUAAAACAAAAAGGUGGAGAUCCAAAUUCCAGGAAGUCACCUUCUUCAAGCAAAGUGCUGAAGCCCCAAGAAAAAAAUACUUCAGGAGACAGAAAGCAAAAGACACCAGCAGCAGAAGACAUCAGGUCACCUGAAACAAAGGCUGUAAAAGAGAAUGAUAAAUACCAGGGUUCUGGGAACCAUCAGGUACCUCCUUCCAGGAAAUCAUCAAAGCCUGAGAAAAAUCCUCCAGGAAAAGAAAAACAACAAACUGUAUCUGAAAGUUUUACAAAGCCUGAUGCAAGUGCUGUAAAAGAUCAAAGCAAAGAUCCAGGUUCUGGGAUGCGCCAGUCCCCAUCUUCAAAUUCACUGGUAAAGCCUCAAGAAGAGAACACCACAGCCAAAACUAAGCAAUUGCCACCACCACCUGAUGAAAAAACAACUUAUAAAACUGGUAGUCCGGAAAAUAAGAGUGAAUCUGAGAGAAGAAAGAAAUAUCAGCUACGCUUUUCAGGUCAAUCAGAGAAGCACAGCAAUGACGGCUCAGGAAAGGAAGGCCCUGUGGGCAAGUUCAAGAGCUACCAAGCUCCCUUGCCAAGUGAUGGCACAAAUUGUAAAAGCAAUACCAACCCAAAAGAGAGCAGUUUUCUUACCGAAGAGAAGUUCCCCAAAUCAUCCUCAUUUCAUGUUGCAACAAAAGAUGAGGAAAAUCCUGCUGGAAAUAGAAAAAAACAGCCUGGAUUGAAGAAGUACCAAACGCUCUCAUCAAAGAAUUUGGUGAGGCGUGAGAAAGAUAUUGAUGAAAGGGAGGGGAGCUGGCAGGCAGCUGGCAAAACAAGUGAGAAAAAAGCAGAACUGGAGGACUGCUCUAAAGCAGCGCCACUCUCGAAAUACACAGUAGAAAGCUACAGUGAAAGACCCUUAGAUUCAUCUUUCAAACCACUGAUCAUUAGAGUAACCGACACGUUUAAACAUCAGAGCUAAAAAAUAUGGCUACAGCUUAGGCAAGAACUUACAACUGGUCAUGGCACCAGUUCUCUUGAUCUUUCUUUUUUCCCUCACUCUCCAGGGCAUUAUAUUAUCAUUUUUUAAUCACAAGGACAUUGAUGUGCAUCUAUCUGAGCUGGGCUUUUUUCUUUCUUAAACUUUAGCCUGAAGACAUGAAUUAAAUUAAUCACUGCAAGUGAAUUAGCUAAUCACUGAAUUAAUCAUCAGUUUAUAAAUUAAAUAUGAGAAGGGUUUUGAGAUCAGCGUGAAUUCAGCCCUGCUCCAGACUCUCCCUGCUAACUAAUGGGUUUUGUUUGUAACAAAGACGACUGUUCAGGGUGAAUUCUAUUUGUAUUUACUUAUUCUAAUGAAACUCUGCUAGUACUUCUUCCAGGAAUGGUGGUAGGCAGUGUCAGCUUUAAUUAUGUCAAAACCCACUUAUUCUAAACUCUGCCUUUUCACAGAUUAGCAGGAACUGUUGAUUUAUUGCUGCACUGAGUGACACUUAGCAAAAGUAGUGAGGGAAGGAGGGGAAUGCUUCAUUUAUCUGCAGAAAAAACCUCAAAGGACAUUGAUGCUACAAGAGGAUUUACCAUGAAUGCAAAUGUUCAGCCUCAUUAAUAUUAAUAUUGGAAAAAUAGUGAUUUAACCUCCUCCGAAGCUAUUUGCACUUUGGCCAUACACUGUAUGCAUUAUUGCUGUAAAGAUACAGCAUUUCAAGGGGUUCUUAAUUACUGCAGAUGCAACAAGUGUAAGAGCUCAGAAAAGCUCGAAGCUGAAAGGCCCUGAGGACCUCUCCUGAGGACAAUGUAAGCCAGAGAGACUCAACACUUUGCCAGGGCAAUUCAGCUCUUCCUGGGACAUCUGUCCCACUCCAAAGCCUGGGGCACACAGACAGGAGGCAGGUGCCACAGCUCACAUUAAAAGUCUUAGGAAGCGUUUGUUCUACAACGCAACGUGCAAUGGAGCAGUAAGAAGCAGCCGGUGUCAAUGAACCCUACUAAUGGGACAGGAUUUUUUGUGUUUACAGUAAUAGCUGCUUCUGCGCAAAGUUUGUGUGUGAUGAAUGUUGUUUUGGAGAAGUGAGGGCAGGAUUGCCACCUUGGGUGCCGUAGCAAAGCUGUGUCAGGCAGAGGAAUCUUACAGUACCACUGUCCCGUAUGUCACUUAAGCUUAGCGUUGUAACCAUGUGUUCAGGUUAAAACUUACUGUGGAGGAACCCUAAAGGCAUAUUCUAAGGUCCCACCUUCAGAAAGCUGCAGAGCUAUCCAGGAAGAGAGAGGAUUUGCACAAGCGAGAUCCUGCUCCCCCAUGGCAGUGACCUGCCUUCGAUUUUUACGACGCUUUCCAAGACUUCACUCUGUGCAGCCUGGGGCUGACCAUUCCUCCAGCCCAGGCUGGCAGAACGCCCUGACCCACUGCCAGCGAGGGGACAGGGAGAAGAACAGGCUGGCAGCAAGCUGAGAUCAAACCCGUCUGCCAGCACAAUGCGCGUGAGUCACAUACGUGACAACUGGGCUGGCCCUGACGGUGACGCUGCCAGGAGGAAAAGGGGACAUGAACAUCAUGUCCCCUGACCACUGAAAAGGCUUAGAGUUAGACUUCUUUCCCUUCACAACAUGUCAAGAAUUUGGCUUUCUGGCAUCCAGAGGCUCACAAAAUCAAAAUCACGUUUGUAUUUCACACCAGUCCUCAAAACAGAGGCCCAGCAGAAUUUAUUGGAGAUGGAAGACUGCCCUUCUGUGCAGAGGUGUGCAGAAAUGCAGAGGUGCACUUCACCCACUGAGCUUUUAUGAGCUGGCAACCAUAAAGCCCACUUUGUACUAAACCUAAACCAUAAUUUACUUUUUAUUGUCCAUGAUUUCAUUACCCAUUUGAGAAAGUUCCUUACAACAUAGAGCGUUUGCACCAGACUUGAAUAGUAAAUGCUCUAUUAGCUGGCUUCUCCUGCCAGCACAGGAGAGGCCAUUUUAAUUAUUCUUUUUCUAAUCUUUUAAAAGACA